GGUUGCAACCCGUUUGCAGCAACCGGACGGAGCAAACUGCAGAACAGACGAGCGACUGUGAACCAGCAGAUCAUCAAACAGAUGAGGAUGAGGGCUGGAGCCGAGAACCUGCUGAAGGCUACAUCUAACAACAAGGUCAAAGAGAUGGUUCUGUUGGAGCUGAGCUACGUCAACUCCAACCUGCAGCUGCUGAUGGGACAGCUGGAAGGACUCAACAGCUCGGUGGAGGUCUACCAGAACACCCAGGAAACCGCCAACAUCCCCCUCAUUGCUCUAGGCCUGAAGGAGACGAAAGACAUCGACUUCUCCACUUUCUUCAAGGACUUCAUCUUGGAGCACUACAGUGAAGAUGGGAAAUGUUUUGAAGAUGAGAUUGCUGAACUGAUGGACCUGCGACAGGCUUGCAGAACGCCAAGUCGAGACGAGGCCGGGGUGGAACUGAUGGCAAAAUACUCAAGUCACCUGCCUCUGAUGGAGAGCCGCUUCUUCUCCCCAAGCCGCCAGACUGGCAUCUUCUUCACCUGGUACGACUCCUUCACAGGAGUGCCGGUGUGCCAGCAGAACCUGUCCCUGGAGAAGGCCAGCAUCCUCUUCAACAUGGCCGCCCUCUACUCUCAGAUCGGUACCCGCAGCGACCGACAGACGAUAGUAGGCCUGGAGGAGGCCAUCUCUUCCUUUCAGAAAGCCGCAGGCAUCCUGAACCACCUGAAGGAGACGUUCACACACACCCCCAGCUACGACAUGAGCCCAGCCAUGCUCAGUAUGCUGAUCCGGAUGCUGCUAGCUCAGGCUCAGGAGUGCCUGUUUGAGAAGACUGCACUGCCUGGGAUCAGAAACCAUUUCAAUUCCCUGAUGAAAAUGGCCCAGGAGGCUGCGAAGGUCUCAGAAAUCUACGAUCAAGUCCAUCAGUCCAUGAUCCAGACGCCAAUCAAAGACAAUGUCCCGUUCUUCUGGUCCACCAUGUCGCAAGUCAAAACCAACCACUACCGCUCCAUGGCACACUACUUUGUAGCCUCAGCGCUACUGGACCACCAGUUGGGCCUCAGUGACGAUGAAGACCAGCAGGAGAAGACCUUGUCACAGGUCUACGAUCGCCUUCCUGAGGGACACUCUCCUCUUGACAUCCUGAAGAAGAAAGAUGAACGUGAACGCGUUGGUAAAGCACACAUUCGCCGGGCCAUCCUGGGUCACGAGGAGGCUCUGAGGGUCUACAGUUUGUGCCACCACCUGAACAAGCUGCAGGUCCUGCAAGACAUCCUGAGAGCCAGCCUGCAGCGCUCCCUCAACAAGAGCAGUGAAAAUGAAGAAGAUGAAGAUUUCAGUGACUACACGGAGGCCCCAGACAUCAUUUCUAAAACAGAGCACCGAGCAGAGAUGGAGUUUCCUGCUACCACAAAGGUGAAAGUCACAGACUUCUUCGAGAGGCUGGGCCCUCUGUCAGUGUUCUCCGCUAAGCAGCGGUGGACGGCCCCGCGCACAAUACAGCUCCACCCUGAAGACCGGGACCUGGGCUUCACCCUGAAAGGAGAAUCACCCGUCCACGUGGUGUCGUUGGACCCCCUCUGCCCAGCCGCUGCCGAAGGUCUCAAGGAGGGCGACUACAUUGUUGCCGUGGGCGACACAGAUUCUAAAUGGAUGGCCGUGAGCGAUGUGAUGCGACUCCUAAAGGAUGUGAACGAGGAAGGGGUCGCCAUCCAGGUGGUCAGCGUUAUGGACAGCAACCCUCAGAUGCCAACCAAGAGUGCCACCUUCUGCGGAAACCUGCCCAAGACCUACUCCAUGAUCUGCCUGGCGUAUGACGACGACGACAAGAACCCCAAGUCCCGCAAAGUGACCAAGAAGUCGUCCUUCCUCAACUUCGGCCUUAAGAACAGGCUGAAGAGCGCCAGCACCCUCAGCCUUCCCACAGCAGACCACUCCGGGGCCCUUCCCUGGAACAAACCCUGCCCCACAUUCCCCAGCUCCAGCUCCUACAACCACAAUGACAGUGCCCUCUACUGAGCUAGACAUCGUACUGCCUAGCAUACUAGCCUGUGUACAGUACUGAGUUGUACCCAUACUGGACCUGCUAUGGUACCAUUGCUCUUAGGUGUUUCCACUGGAAUGUAGCUUGGUGUAAUCAUGACAUUUCUGCAAGCUACCAUGGAAGGUAGCUGUGCCAAACACUGUAUAUCGGUGCCUUUUGUUAGCGCCUGAAGUGUCCAGACCAAAACAUAAUCUUUCUGUACCAUGCCAGUAUGCGUACAGCACAGUACAACUGCACUGUGGGAAAAAGAAACCCACCGGUUAUCAUUCCAGUCUAUAAAUAAACACACAGCACUGAGACAGGCCUCUUAGUCAAACUGUCAUCUCAGUAUGUUUUCUCGAAGACCAAUUGGAGGAGCAAUAACAAAGUUGUACAAACACACCCAGCGGAUACUCCACUGCAAAGAGGUGUAAUUUGAUUGUGGCUUCAGCAGUUCCUUACGUAGUUCCAUUGUGUACUGAUGUAGCUGUGCUCUCUUAUGUUCUCAUGUCAUGUUUCAUACUGUUUAUAUGAAGGAUUAGGUCAUUGCCAUGCUAUUUGUUGCAAUCAGUUUUGGGGGUUUGAAAUGCAUACAUUUUCUGAAUAGAUAUGUAGAUGUUAUGAACCUUGUUGGAGUAUGUUAAACAGUGAUUGAUGGAAACAAAUAAUUGUACUAAGAAGAGUUGAAUGCAAUGUUUAAUAAGCUGCUAAAAUAUCAUAUAUAUAUUCCUUGGUUAUGUAUUAUUGUCACUUUUGUAUUUGUGAGACAGCCUUUGAGGAUAAUAUGUUCUGCUGAGUGCCAUGGGACACUGUGUAAAAAGACCAAAAUGCCUCCAUGUGUCUAAAUGUCAGAAUUUACCGCUUACAAUCCUGGUCCGUCUUACCUACCCUUUUUUUCAGUUUGUCCAAUUGUAAGAAGAGCACGAGCUGUGUGUUCUCUCUAUGUUAAUGUGAAUCUUGAUGUAGUUAAAAGGUUGUCUGUAGGUGGACAUUCCUGCGUCGCACCUGGACUGCCGCCGGUCACCUAACAGUGACUUCGAUCAAAGCCCACAGUCAAGUUGUCUCUACCUGUCUUAACCCAAGUCACAUCCCACAUUUUUACUGACACUUUGCCGUGUUGGACUAUCUCUUUAUCUACAAAGUAGAUUAUUAUUCACAUUUGAUAAUCAAAUUAUUUAUAUAAUGAAAAAAAUACACACAAAAAUAUAUAUAUAUAUACUUGUAAAAUGUUGGUUUCUGAACUAGUUUGUGAACGGUCAAGUUAUGAAUUUUUGCACGUUGGAUUUCUCGGUUUGUUUCUUGGAAGAAUGUAUUUUACUAGCCUUGCUUAAUCUUUUUGGUGAACUUAUAUACUGGUACAUUUUUUCUAUGUCAAGAUAUUUUAAAAUGUAAAACGGUUACACUGAUAAAGUCAGAUAGAUCAGUUACACUGAUCAAAAUGAACGCUCUUUAUGUUUACCUAAAGUGGUGUCUGAAGUGCCAUUUUUGCUUAAUGGUGUAUGUGCAGUAAUUGAUAUUAAUAAGUGCUAACAGAGAGGAUGUGUAAGACUUCACAGAUCUAUAUCCAUGCAUGUUACUGUGCACAGUGAUCCUAAAUGCCUAUGUCUAUGGUAUCUGCAACUGUGGUGUGAAUGCUUUUGUCAUGUAUACAAUCUCAAUAAAAGAGGGGGACAAAACUAA